CCGUCCGGUGCCAUUGACAAGCAGUUCACUCUUGACCGUGGAAACGCUCGCUUGCCAGAGCUCACCGACAGAGAAACCCCUGCCAAACGCGCCCUCCAGUAAGGUGCCCUGUGUCCUGCAAAGCUCGUGCGUGUGUGUCUAAGUGUGUGUGCGUGAAAGGUGAAGUUAGUACAGCUUGCGAAGGGAGGCGUAAUAGGUGGCGGCCGCGUGGUGAAAAGUAAUCGAAAAGCACCGAUAAUCGGUAGCAUCCUGUACCGAGCAUCCGGGAGCACCGGGAAGAGGAAUCAGUUUGCGGCCACUGCUGCUGCUGCCUGGAACGUCGUCGGAAUCGUGUGGCUAGAUUGCUAGCAGGUUGCGGGCUAGCGUGUGUGUCAAACCACGUGCGAGCGUGUCUAUUUCCUGUUGUGUGUGUGUGUGUGUGUCUGAUGCGUGAAAGUGCGGUGGAAGAAGUUUCAGUUCCCCAAAAAGUGUUAAGAGCAGCAAAUCUAAUUCCAGUGAUUUCCACCUUCUGCAGUGUGACCUUGCAAACCUUUGCUUUAAACGGGUUUAACGAAUCACAACCGUAGACGGGCCCAUUUGCUUGCUAAAAACGCUCAACGGGACUUCCAGCGGCCAGUAUCAUUUGGCGUGACUUGGAAGAAGCUUUCUUACACUGAACCCAAGCAGCACCAUUUUCAACAUGAAAUCUCCUGCCCUGUGGAUGGCCAUCGGUGCGAUUCUACUCCUUGGCGGAAGUGUGAACGCAUGGGGUGGGCUGUUCAAUAGGUUCUCACCGGAAAUGCUAGCAAACAUGGGCUACGGCAGUCAUGGAGGAUCCUACCGGCCACAAUCGUUCCUACAGAACGAAAUCCUGGACGAAGAGCAGCAAAGCCCACGCUACGAGCCGGAUCCGUGCUAUCCCCGGGCGUGCUCCGCCAACGAGUACUGCUGUCCCGGAUUUAUCUGUGUAGCCGUGGACGAUGUUUCGCCAAUUUCAGUCAGGGGAAUGUGCAUGCCACUGUACGGACGGAAGUAUGGCGAGCUGUGCCGGCACGAUUCGGACUGCGAGUCGGGGCUGGUGUGCGACAUUUCCGCGCUGAGCGGUGCCAGCGUUUGCCGGCCGCCAACCAUCGUGGCCAAGCAGUACGGCGAAGAUUGCAUCACGUCCAGUGACUGUGAUAUUACGCGCGGACUAUGCUGUCAGGUGCAGAGAAGACAUCGACAAGUGCCUCGUAAGGUAUGCUCGUACUUCAAAGAUCCUCUGCUCUGCGUUGGAACGGUUGCUGCCGAUCAGGUAAAACACCAGAUCGAGCAUACUGCUGGUGAGAAGCGCAUCAUCUACAACAAGCACUAAACCAGUGGGAUGUCACGCAAAACGGCAGCAGCACCCAACAACCAUGCAAAAACGAAACAUCGUAAAUCAAACCGAACAUUCCGAAUCGUGAGACAAAUUAUGACCCUUUAAACCUGGACAGCCUGGACAGCAUAAACGCUGGAAGCGUGUAAAAAAACACACACUUUUACUCAACUCUUAUAUGAAGUUCGUUCAUUUACCUUGCCCCCACAAACAAACCGUAGCGCCAAAAGGAAGAAAAUUAAAAU